GUGGUGGCAGGAGAGGUGGCUAUGUACGGGCAGCAGCAGCAACAGUACGGGCAUUUUAAAGGCGCUUUGCCUCGACCGGGUGCAGGCCCUGUCACGGGUGCAGCUGGAGCGGCAGGAGCGGCAGGUGGAGCGUCGACAGCAGGGGGCGCAGGGGCCGCGGGAGGUGUAGCAGGAAGAAGCGCGUCCGGCCAGGGAACAGGAGCAGCAGGGGCAGCGGCAGCAGGAGCGAGAGGGGAGACCGGGCAGGCCAAGGCGAGGAGGCGAAGGUUGUGUUUAAGAAGGCGGCGAUAGCGUCGCUGUCGCUGCAGCUGAACGCGGACGUGGGCGAGAGCUGGCAGGCGGCAAAACCGGGUGAUGGAGGAGCAGCUGGGGCUGCAGCAGAUGCUGGCCGCGCGCAAGGAGCAGGCCAGCGCCGUGGUCAGGGAGCUCGCAAGGGAAAAACAGGCGCUGGAAGAGGCGCUGCAGGUCCAGCAAACCAAUGCCGACGUGAUCGAGUCAUGGCUAGCCCAAAACGCCGCACCUCCUGCCACCACCACCUCCACAACCACCACCACAAGAUUAACCGCCAUCACCAUUAGCAGCAGCACAACCACCUCCUCCUCUCCCCCACUCCCCGACAUCGAUUCAGCAUUCCAGCCGUGUGACGCUCUCUCUGCACAGCUCCUAAAGCACACAGCAGCAGACCUCGCCAUAGAAGACGUUCUCUACUCCCUAGACCGCGCUCUCCAAGAGGAGCGGGGUCACGAUGAGUACGAUCCCUCCUCUGCCAACUCCCGCCGCCGAAUCCUGACCGUCGAUGCGUAUCUACGGCACGUGAGGACCCUGGCAAAGGAGCAGUUUUUCCAGCGGGCGACGGCGUUGAAAGUGCAGGCGGUGCAGCGCAGUGCGAGGGUGAGUCAGAUGGCGGAGCGACCUGUGUCGGGCCAUGCGCUUUCUUCCGCUGCUGCUGCGGCUUCUUCUGCUGCUGCGGCUGUUGGGCUGGGGGGUGGGGGUGGUGGCAGCAGGGGGCUGUGAGAGGGAGGAGGGAAGGUGGCUGGGGCGGGGUGUGUUGUGCGGCUCGUGUUUCUGCUGCUGGUGCCGUUGGUGGUGCUGUGGUGGUGCUGUUUGUGUUGCUGCUCUUGCUACAACACUGGUUAGAAGUGUGAAGUGAAGUGGAGUAUGGUAGAAGCACCAAAUCAUGGUAUGGGUGGUAGGGAUAGGUUGUUUGGUUGUCUGGUUACUACAUAACUUGUUAGUAUGUUGCAUGGUGGGAGAUUGGGUUCUGGUUAUGGGCCAGGUUGUUAGAUUGUCUUUUCAUUGUCGCAUUACAUGGGAUGUUGUUCAGGCUAGUCACUACCAUAAUGCUCCAUCAAAUAAUAACAGUGUCAGAACAGA